GGGGAGAUAACUACGAUCGUCAUGUUUGUGUUUAUACCUGUUUUGGUAUUUAGUUUUAACUUCUUUCUCUGUGUUGUAUGUUAAUGGUUGUAAAAUGUUGCCAGGUCCUGGUGUGAGGAAACGAAAUCGACGUCCAGCAGUGUCAACCGGACUUGCUCAGAUUGAAACCGUCAUGGCCGAUUCGGCCUUGAGAUUCCGACGCUUACCAACACGAGCCAAGUUCUGUCUGGCCUUCUCUCUCGUCUUCUCCAUUUUGUUCUACGGCACGAUAGUUCAGUCCUACUUAUUUCCGAAAGUCUUGGACGAAGCUUUCGUUGAAACUGACAAGUGUCCCGCAUGUUACGGCAACAGCGCUUGUGGAUUUUUCUUCAACCGCGUCAAGUUCACGGGAAUGUCCAAGUUCCGUAUCGUAGAUUUUAUCAAUUUGAAAAACGUUCAUUUUGGUGUGCACGAGGACACGAACGUUGUUUUAAAAAAGCUGGCCCACGACAGUGAACUGAAAAAGAUUGACAACAAAAUCUGUUCGGACGCCAACCGCCCGGAAAACUGCGACGUUGCGCGAGUUGUGUACAUCAGCAACAUGGCACAGACAGUUAAGAAACACCCAGUGCAACCGAGCAUGUUGAAAGAGCUGACACUUUCCAUGUUUACGUGUGCGUCGUACCGACUCGUUGACAGAGUCUGGCAUUAUUUUAAGGAGAGGUCGAAACCAUUUGACAUAUUUUUUCGGGACAAAGUUCAGCUUCUGUAUAUCGCCAUGGUCAACACGGAGCCAUUACUUCUACAGACUUUCCCUGCCAAAGAGGGCUGGCCAUUCCCGGAGUAUUUUGGAGCGUGUGGGCGGUACAUCAUGGUGGAGAAUGCAGGGCGGUCGCUGGCAGAGUUUUAUAAUGCUCCGUUCGAACAAAGGGUUGAUUUAGCCUAUCAGAUUAUGAACAUUGCUGAGAAGCUGACGAACAAUGCUGAAAAGUUUGCUCUAUAUUGGACCGAUGUCACCUACGACAACUUCGCUGUAGAUUCGGCGGGACGAGUGAUGGUCAUCGAUGUAGAGAACAUCAUAGUCGUCGACAAACUGGCCAUAGAAGCGACGAAACCAAAACACUGGGACGACUACAUAGAAAACCCGUUUGAUGACUGUGACGGGUGAAACUGUUUGAGUAUCGACAUGUCCAGCCUCUGUACGCAUGUUAAUUCCGACCACAACUAUUACGCAGCCUGUCGCAACUUGCUGUCACAGUAUGCAAAUCACCCGGGUCAGCCUGGGGGUCUUCUCCACGACAUGCCGGCGCAAGUGGAGGAUGAAUGGGACCUCACUAACCUGCUCAAUGAGUGCGUGCGACCUACGACCCCUCAGGCGCGGUGGAAGGUCAAGGACAAGUUGAUCGACGCGUUCAAACACUUGAGGACAGCAUACGCGUCUGACAAGGCGGAUGUGGAUUUUUUUAAGCAAGACUUGAAACGCAAGAAGCCCAUUGUGAUGGAUGAAAAACACGUAGUAAAGUCAUGAUUGUACAGAGAGGGAGAAGGAUGGAGGCAGGGAGAGAGAGCGAGAAAAAACCCUUCUAGGACAAGUGUGAUUAUGAAAGAAGAAGUAAACAUUUUAAAUACAGUCUAAUCGAGUCAUGAUUGUACAGAGAGAGGGAGGGUGGGAGGAUAAUAAUGAUUUUCAAAUCUGGCAUAAUAAUUUUUUAUUGAUAUUUAUUAAAUGAUGUUUUGUCUUCUGGUAUACUCAUUAAUAAUUAAAAAAGAAAUUUACAUUCCAUUUCAUGGACGUAGAGUGGAGAGAGAGACAAAGGGAGAGAGACAAGGAUUGAAUAAGAGACGGGGAGAUUUUUAUUUGCACUUCACAUAAUAUAUGUAUAAGCUUUUGCAUUUAUUUUAGCUUGUCUAAAAGUCACCUUUCUCAAUUUACAGAAGUGCUAAAUCUGGUUGUGAUUUGAAUGCUAAUAAGUAAAUUAAAGAUUGGUUUAUUAGCACGCGGCUUAUCUCUUUCUUAAGGCGCUACCACACAAUACGAGUGCCUCGUACGAGAAUAGCCGAUUACAUAGCAAUGUUGUCUUGUCAAUAUUGACUAUUCUCGUAUGAGGCAUAUAUAUCAUGUAGUGUCUCCAUUAGUCACAUACAUACUACCAUAAGCGUACGAGACAGGGGAGCAAAACCUCAAAUUCGGGCCACAAUGAUAGAGAUAUUCAGGCAAAUGGUACUAACAUGAGACCUUUUUGCCAUGAUGUACAUGUAUUUCCAUCAUUCUACCCUCAGAAUUAGUCGUAAUCCAUGUAAAAAUGCUUAGUGAUUUGUUUGUGACCCUAUAUAGCUGUUCGGUAGUUAUGCUAAUAUGAAUAAAUGUUAACCAGAUUCUGGCAUUUUAAUUUAAAUUGGACAAAAGCCAGCCUGCCCCCAACAAAAAUGGGAGCCCAUAUGCCUAUGCAUACUACCAUAAUUGUAGUACAUGUAUAUAGAAUAGAAUACAUUAUUAGUGAUAUAGCCAUUAAAUUAAACAUGAAAUCAAUAUUCUUAUUGAAUGUAUAAUGUUAAACAUUCCUUUAUAAGGUAUUUGUCGCAGUGCUUUCCCCUAAGUAAUAUGCUUACACAUUCCACUUACACAUUCCAUGCUCUUUACAUUCUAUCAGGGCUUCUAGAACUAGAAUCUUUAUAAAAUCCACUAGCCAUGGGAUCAGUGAUUUUUAUACUUUACUAGCCAGUUAAAAAUUCACUAGCCCUACUUUACUUUAAGAUAAUACAAUUUUACUAAAUAAUAGUAAUAAUCAGAUUUGUCACCGAAAGAGGGAAACAGAGCUUAAAAACACUAACACUGGGGCUUUUAUUAUUCAAAUUAACAAACUAGACUUAACUGCAACAUGUGACAACAAAAAUUCACUAGCCGUCUGGCAUGACAAUAGUAGUUAUUUACUUGCGCAACAUUAAAUAUCAGUAGCCAAUGUUUGACAUCCAAUAGCCGAUGAAUAAUAAAUCAUUGUGCUCUAGUGGUGUCGUUAAACAAAACAAACUAAACUUUAACUUUCUUGAUUGGUAGAAUAUCUCCACAAUACUUAGAUAUAAAGAUAUUAAAAAAUCACAAAGGGCUACUUAAACUUUUUAAUUGCAUUGAAAUGUCGCCAGUAUAAUGAUAAUGAUCUAAGAAUAACACUUACUAAAGCAUGUUAUUACAGAUGACCUUGUGCUUUUUCAGCUAAUCCAACUACUUAAGCACAGAAAAUAUUACAGAGCUGAAUCGUGAAAAGUAUUUAAGAAUUAAAAAAAAAAAUUAAUCUAAUUUUAGUUUGCAUAUUAAUAUUGUGUAUUUGCUAGUUGCCAUAUUAUGUGAAAAUCACUCCCCAGCAUUAUACUGUACAUAUUGUAUUUUGACAUUUUGUAUAUAUUGCCCAAUUGCUGAUGUAUUUUGUGUGCUGGGGUGUCAUUAAAUAUUCAUUCAUUUUGUAUAUAUUGUUUAUUCCGAUGAGUUGUAAAAUUUAAUGCAAUAAAUAAACUUGAAACUAGAUACAGGCCCUUUAA